AUGGAUCACCACCCUCUUGAUCCGGGGCCCUUCGACCGAGAGUUACUGUAUCUUCAGCCCGAGCAUAGGUCGCAACAUAUAUGGACAUCCGACUUGCAGCCUGAGUCUCAGGUUGAUGGACGCCCAUUGUAUAUUGAGGAGCCUCCUGUGCUGCCGCCUUACCGGGAUGAGUUGAUUAGGCUCACCGGUUUCGCGGCUCUGGAUGGUCAUAUUUCCGGCCAGAGUCGGCUUUUGUUGUCGGCCCUUUACACUUACUUGCGCCUCACAGACAUGCAGCAUCCGAUUGGAGAGGACACGCCUCAGGCUGAUGUUGAUCGACGUGUUGAGACCUUUUCAGCCCAUACCACUGUCCCGAUGCCAUACACGCGGAGAUGGUCGCGAGGCGUACGCCGACGUGUGGAGACGCACCACAGCCUUCUCCCGUUUAGGGAUCAGCUAGACCGCAUGACGGCGCAGACGGCUUUUAUAUGGACGCCGUAUGAUCAUAUUUUGGAUGAGCUGCCGGCGUUUUGUAGGGCUGGUCAGCACAUGUGGAUGUCGCGGUGUCCAUUGAUACAUAUGGAUAUCGUUGAGUAUCACGCGCCCGACCGCGUGUUACGGCAGUUUGGGUAUGUACAGAAUAUACCCGCGGCUACGGUUUGGGAGCAUGACCACUAUGCGAGGGACGAGCGUGCGGGCGUCGAUGAUGCAUGGCGACUCCAUAUGCAGCAGCAGGUCCAGAGUUGGGAUGUGAGGAUGGCGAGCCUAGCGGUGGUCGGACAUGACACUCCCAUCCAUGUGUACAUGGAGUGGUACAUGCGGAUCACUCGCAUCAUUAUUGGCAACCCCUCUAGGCGUCGUCCAGAUGGCCUGGGAUAUGUAGCUCUCGCAGGAGCGUACGAGGCGCUGGUACGGACCGUUCAGACGAUGCGCUAUGAGAGCACUGCCCGUACGGAGGCCCCCGAGACGGCGGAGUAUGCAGCACGGAUGAUUGAGCUUGCCGAGACUGGUAUGAGACAGGCACAUGACUUUGAGCGUCUCCAUGAGCGUGUUCCCGGUGCCCCACCUGGGGCAGCAGGUGGUCGUGGUCGCCGAGGAGCUGGUGGCCGUCGCAGAGGUGGUAGGGCUGGUUUAGGUGAUGAGGCUCCGAUAGAGAGGCUCUUACCGGCCGGUUAUGUGCCCUGGCCUUCACUUUCACAUCCACCAGUUCGUGAUCCACAGGGUGAGCGGCCGGUUCGUGAUCUACAGGGUGGCCUACAUUUGCACUUCGACGACUCCAUGUUCGAGGACUUCGUGUUUGAUAUGGCACCAUCUGCAUCUCCCUGCUCCGGGGGCCAGAGAGCCCUCUCACCGCAGCAUCUCGGGAGGCCGUCGACACACGGUUUGACUUUUACAAUAAAGUAA